AUGGUGGUCCGACUCUGCUGGCUGCUGCUGGUUGUCAGAUGCCAUGAAUGGAUUACAGGUUCUACGAGCAGCAUCAGUCCAUUUAUAAAACAUCAUGAGGUCUUAUCAUAUGACAGGCAGGAGCUUCACAGAAAACAUAUGAGAGCCAGGAGGUCUGCACAACCUCAGGACUACACACUUGAUUUGGAUUUUACUGCUUUCCAUAGAUCUUUUCGUUUGCUUCUGAGACCAGAUUCAGAGGCAUUUACUAAAGAAUUCACCCUGGUCGGGGAAAAUGGUCCCAUGUCUGUGGACCUGUCACACUUAUAUUCUGGAACACUUCAUGGAGAACACGGUUCCUCCUGCCACGGCUCCGUGCUACAGGGACAGUUUGAGGGAACCAUCCACACAGAAAAUGGCACUUAUCACAUAGAGCCAGUUCAGAGAUACACCAGCAGCCCAACAAAUCACCACUCUGUUAUCUACCAUGAGGACGACGUGGUUUCUCAGGUUGCGUCCUACCUGCGGGCUGUGAACGAUAUCUACAACAAGGUUGACUUUAAUGGAAUCAAGCUGAUCAACUUCAAAGUGAAAUCCCUUCGUGUGAUGACCAAAGAGGAUAAAACGGACCCUCUGUCUCCUCUGUUCAUUGGGCCGGAGAAGUUGUUGAGUCUGUUCUCUGAGAACAACUGGGGCAACUUCUGCCUGUCUUAUGUGCUCACCAACAGGGACUACAGUGGAGUGCUGGGCCUCGCCUGGGAAGGCAAAGCAGGUAACUGGGGAGGAAUAUGUUCACAGUAUACCACCCUCCGUAAUGGCCGCAUGUCCACCCUGAACACAGGCCUGAUAACGAUUCAGAACUACGGACAGUUCCUGCCUCCACGACAAGUCCAACUGACCAUGGCACAUGAGCUGGGCCACAGCCUUGGUUCCCCGCAUGACGAGGGCUCAAACUGCGGGGACCUUGGUUCUUCCAGUGGUAAAGGCCAGUACCUGAUGUUUCCUCAUGCAACAAAUGAGGUGCGUGAAAACAAUGACAAAUUCUCACCCUGCAGCAUUAAACAUAUAAGCAAAAUCCUAAAUCUGAAGAAGGACAACUGCUUUUUAGUCAGUGAUCAGCCCAUCUGUGGAAACCAGAUUGUGGAGGAGGGUGAGGAGUGUGAUGUCGGUCACAAUGACACAGACGUUUGUUGUUUUAGUGCUAAAGAACCUGUAGGAGUCCAGUGUCGCCUCAAGCCUGGUAAAGUCUGCAGUCCGAGUCAGGGCCUGUGCUGUGGUCACAACUGUGUGUUUAAGCCAGCCGGUCAGAUGUGCCAUGAAGUGACGGACUGUCUGGAAGAAAGUGUGUGUUCGGGUCUCUCCGCACUCUGCCCCACGCCACACGCCAAGGAAAACCUAACCGUCUGCAGCCAGGGCACCCGCGUCUGUCUAAAUGGGGUCUGUGCUCAGUCUGUGUGUGUGAAGCACCGCCUGAAGCAGUGUGACUGUCCAGGAGACGACAUGAAGGAGAAAUGCCACAUGUGCUGCCAGCAGCCUGAUAAGCCUGAAACGUGUGCCAGCACCACCUCCUCUGUGCUUUCUCGUCAUUUUCAGAGAAAAUUGUUGCCUCUGGUAGGAGGUGCUCCAUGCUCAGGGAACCGAGGAUACUGUGACAAAUUCCACGUAUGCCGUCUUCUAGAUGCAGACGGCCCGAUCGCCAGACUGAAGAACUCUUUCCUUCAUUUGGAUGAUUUUGACGACAUGGCAGAGUGGAUGAAGGCUCAUUGGUGGGUCAUCCUGCUGGUUAUACUGACGCUGUCCGGAGUGAUGGGCUGCACAGUCGUUCUGUGUGGCCAAACCCUGAACACCCGCAACUUGGACUCGCCCUUAACGCCUACUCUCUCCAACACCACAUGA